CUCCUCGUCGGAUUCUUCCUCGGCCAAUCCUUCACGCAGAACGCGUUGAUGGGCAGCUUCUCCAACCGCUUCUCGACAUCCCUGAUCCUAGGAUUCCAACCACGAGCGUUCGAGUACAAUGCUGUUUAUGGGGGAAAGGAGCACGGGGGCGUCGCGUGGGACGAAUUGAUCCCGAGUAAUGGCGGGGUGUUCGCGCAUCCGAAGAUCGCGCCCAAGGGGGCGAGGUUCGCGGUUUGGGAGCAGUUGAGUUGUUUGAACUCGAUCCGAGAAGCCUACUGGACGACCCUAGACUUCGCGCUCUCGUCCGCCACCAUGACGCCCGCGAAGUUCCCCUCCGACAUCUCGCCGCAGAACGUGCGGUACUGCGUCGACAUGAUGCGCCAGGCGCUCAUGUGCAAUCCUGACUUGACUACGCUUCCUGCCAAUGCUUCGGCGGGGAGCAGUUCGUCAGAGGAUGAUGGGUUGGCGUCAUCGAGUGGCGCGGCGGUGCACCAUUGUAAGAAUUGGGAGCAGUUGGAGAUGUUUAUGGAGAAGUGGGAGGUUGUUGAGGGGAAGAGUGCAGAAGGUGAG